AUGUCGGAUAUAAUGCAUAUGCCGGCUAAUACAUUAGCUCAACGCCUUCAAAGUGCUGAAAAAUCUAUUCAAUUUAUUCAACGUGAACAUGCACUAACAUUGGCAAAUCUUCAUGAAGAAAUUGCUAAAUGGCAACAAAAAUGUAGUGAGCUCACUUUUCAAUUGGCAAUUGGUGGUGGUACAGUAGUUAAUUCUACUGAUGAUAGUAAACUUCGAGGAACGAUUGAACAAUUGGAAAAUGAAAUUCGUCAACACAAAGAAACAAUGAAAAAUUUAAAUAAAAUUUUAGAAGAAAAAGAAAGAUCAAUUAAAGAUUAUGAAAAUCGUCUUGUUGUAAGUGAACGAAAACAUGCAUUAGAUUUACAUUCAGAAAAUAAUAAACAACGACAAUUAAAAACUGAACUUGAACAACGUUCAACAAUAAUAGCACAACUUACAAAUCAAUUACAUCAACAAAAACAAGCACAACAACAAUUACAAACUCGUACACGACUUGGAAAAAUUAUUUUACCAAAUAAACCACCAAAAAUUCAAAGUAUUGAUAUACCAUCAUCACAACAACAACAACAACAACAUUCACUAUCGAAUAAAAAUGUAUUAAAUCGUUCAUCAUCACUCAAUACUCGAGUUAAUUCUGAUCAAGAUUUAACAAAAGUUUCAUUUGCUAAACGACGACCACCUACACCACCUCAACAAUUACGUCCACUAUCAUCAAAAAGUAUUGAAUUUGAUGAUGAACAAAAUUAUACUAAAAGACAACGUCAAUUACUUAACAGUCAUGUAGAAAAUGUUGAUACAAAUAAAGUACCAACAUCUCGGCCAUCAGUUAAACUACAAACUAUUUUACCACCUAUUAUUAAUCGUAAUAUGCCUUUGAAAGCGUUGCCUACAACAACAGUUCAACAAGAAGGUGAAGCAUAA